UGCAACAUAUUUAAGUAGAUUGCACUCAUUACACACGGUGCCGGAUAGAAGAACAAGCCCAUAGUUUCAUUCGGAAUUCUUGCUGAUAUUUACGAUUCAUGCACUUGACUUUACAUUCUUACAAAACGACAACUGUUUUGUUUUUAAAUUAUCGUCUUGUGCUUCUUAUCAAACCAGAGUAUAUUCUGCCGAGUGCCGAGUUAGGCUUGGGGCCUUUGUCGAGGUUGUUUUCAGGUUCUCAUAAUUUGACUCUUCGAGACUUCUUCACGCAACUGUGCAGGACAAAUGUUCGCCGCUUGUCGAACAUUAUAAUUCUUAACAAACCUUGCCGGAUCUUAUGUAUGACUGCUUAUUGAAAAGACAAAAUUAAUAAUUAAUUCAUAUUCUUAUUGGACAGUGUGGCUCAAAUUCAAUAAUAUAUUAUUCCGGAAGAUGAAAUUGUGAGGUUGGCAGCGAAAUCUGCUGAAUACAUUUGAUCGCAUUAUUGUCGUUGUUCAAAACGGAUUAACAGGAUUAAUCAUAAUCAGCGAAGGAUUAAUUUCAUUCUGUUUUCUAACAACAUGGUUAAACCAAGCAUUAUCGGGCCAGCAUUGCUGAUACAGUCGCUGCUGAUGGAUUCUGUCAGUGCUGAAGUGAACAUCAAUCAGCGCAGCACAGACAUAAAAGACUAGGCGCGCGUCCAUGGAUCUCUCAAAAUGAUGUAGAACGUCAGGCAGCACAUUGUAUGAAGAGUGUUUUUAAUCGAGGUGUUAUGCGCUGAACCAGGCGACGUACUAUCCCAAUAUUACCUGCUAUCAAUGCAGACGAAUGCAGAACUGCGAUUCUAAUCCCCAGGACAGCGACGAAAGCCCCACGCUGAUAGCGCCGAUGAAAUUCGAAUCGUGGGCUGCCUGGGCUAACCGGGGCUUGGUGCUGCCGCAGCGGCCCUAUUGCUUCUCCUAUAUCUCGCAAGUGCGCAUGCCCGAUGGCAGCAAUACCAACAUUUUCGGACGCGGUGCGGGACACCUCGGUGCCGCCACACCGAUACCGUGCUGGGAAGAAAGGACGUCGAUGGACACCGCGCAGGUCUUUACGAGGUACAUUUUCUGCCCUACAUCGUACUGCAACACCAUCACCAAGAGCCAGCUGGGCAAUCAGUGCUUCACUGCCAAGGAACUCCGCUCUCUCCAGAUUAAUCAGAAUAACACUGCUGAAGCACUGAGAACUACCAUAUCCCAACGUAUCAUGCUUCCGGGGAUGGCUGUGUUAGUGCUGAGGGCAGCAUACGAAAUGACCUCAGCGGUUCCCAGGAUAGCCCGUGCUGCGACAGUUAUACUCAGCCUAUUGUCCUGCGUGUCGUACAUCCAGGCGUUGAGGUGCUACGCCUGCAAGGAUCCUUUGUGGUCGUACGAAAGGGACAUGGCCGCCGGAUACCCCGUGAGCGACUGCUAUAACUCCACAGCACUGCUGGGACCGGCACAACAGGAGGAUUGCAACGAAUUCAAGAUCUAUCCACUCUAUGCCAAACAGAAAGGCUACUGUGCAACGUGGAUACAAGAGAGAAACGGCGUCUAUAUCAUGGAACGUGGGUGUGUUUACCCGGGCGGCGAGCCCGACGAUUGCUUAGCCGUCAAUGGCGAUCGGUUUGGGACAUAUGCAAACGGUUCCACGCAGACCAUACGCUUCCGCUGGACCGCGCAGUACUGCGCCGACCGAGAUUUCUGCAACAACAUCAAUUUUGCUGAUUUUGUGUACCAGUGCUUCACGAGCAAAGUCGCCGGAGGCACCACUCCCGCCAUUCCGGUAACGAGGGACUUGAACAGCACCGACUAUGCACGCUAUACAACCCCGACGUUUAUCCGACCCAGUCCUGGGACACCGAUGCAGGAUACCGUCCUCAUCCAAGCUCAGAUUAUAAUCGCUAAAAUUCGAGCGGGAAACACCUCCGAUCUUAACAUCACCCGUGAUGGUGAUAAUGGCCAUACGCGCCACCUCGGAAUCACGCAUAACCCUGUGGGCUUUGCUCUGCUCGUGGUGUCAGAAGUCCUGGUUCUGCCGUCGUUGGUUGGGCAUCGUGGGAUGUCAUGAUACAACCGGAACAACUGCGCUGCGUGCAGCAUGCUGUUCGGUGAGAUCGUUGUAAGGCCGAAGCGCCUGUGUGUGUGUUUGUGCAAAUGAUGUGCAGAAUUUGUGCAUUGUGCUGGAUGUUGCGUAGAUUUUGUGUUCAUUUUGGUGCUUUUGCGCUUCGGAGGUUUGUUCUGUUUGCAGCUGGCAGCUACCUGUUUGUAUGCCCUUUGAGGUAUUAUCGUGUUCUUCUGUCGACCACAUCACCUCGUUCAUUUUUUUUAUAGUUUCGAUAAGCGCGUGCUAGUACAUGUUUGACGGACACCAUUAACCGGUGACGCUGUUGUUCUCAAUGAUAAAUUGGACUUGAAGAUACGGGAAAGCAAAGCCCCGAAACGAAUUAAAUUUUGGAAGUGCGGUUGUUUCCAAUGGAGCAAUGGUCUUUAUAAGAAUCUCGCUGUAUACA